GAUCAGUAGGUUGGCUUUCUCAUGUUCCAGCUCUCAGUUUUGCUCUUGCUCUUUCGUUCAGGCGACAUUAAUCAGAUGGGAGCGCAGUUCCGCUCCAGGCCAGCAGAGGGAGUGUCAGGCUGGCAGCAGUGGCAAACUCAGCCACACACUCAAGGCACCGCAGACGCACACCAGCAGCCUCAAAACAGCCAGACAGAGAUGUUUCAAGAUGUUAUCUCCAUGUUGGAUCAAACCGGCAGCUUCGGCAACGAUGAUUUCGCCGAGAUGCCCAUGUUUCCUCCUUUCCCCGAGUGAUCCCGCUUCACUCCCUGUUGCUCUCUCACACGCCAUUUCUUACUCGUUUAACCAAAUCAAUGGCAGAGCGGAGGCACGGAGGGAUCUAAAACGAGAGCGAGACUGAUGCAUU